AUGUUUGAUUUUUCCCACCAGAGGCUGGGCUGCAACGGACAAAACGCCAUGUUGCGGUUGCUGCUCGCUGCCAUGUCGCUCGCUUGGAGCAUUGCGUUGGAUUGUUCCGAAUGUCCUCCAGCACACGAUGGCGUGGACUUCAAUGGGCAUGACUUAACGGAUGAUUGUGGCAACGUGCGACAACGAAUAGGAUACAGCUACGAGGAAUGUUGCUCCAGUUGCCAGGCAACCCCAGAAUGUCGGACUUUCAGUUUUCAGACCUCAACAACGCUCUGCUGGCUGAAGGAUGCCUUCGCCCGUCGUGGCGCCAGGGGCGUCCCUGACUAUCAGAGUGGUGAUAUGUCUGAGCUUCCGGGCUUCUCGCACUCGGCAGCUUUGCCUGGCGGCAAGGGAGCUGAUCUUCCGUCUUUAGCCUGUGACACUGCAAAAUGUCCUCCAGCAAAGGAUGGCGUGGACUUCCAUGGGUAUGACUUAUAUGAUGAUUGUGGCAACGAGCAACAAUUCUACGUAAGCAGCUAUGAGGACUGUUGCUCCCUCUGCCAGGGACACCCGGAGUGUGGGGCUUUCACGUUUGGUAGUGAUCGCGGAUGGUGCUGGCUGAAGAGCGCCGAUGCUCAUCAUGGCGCACUGGGAUGCCCCGCUUGUCAAAGUGGUGAUAUGUCUGAGGCUCCGGCCUUCUCGCGUGCAGCAAAUGGGAUUAGCCGCCUGCGAGCUGAUCUUCCUCAGAUCGCUGUGUAG